CACGAAUUCUGUACACGAUAAGGAUGCGAAACGGUGGUGAAUUGGGAGAGAGUUUGAUUACAGAGAGGCGGUGAAGCUGUGAGUUUAGCGCCAAGUGAAAUCCACUCCUCUCUGACGUUGAUGCUUCAAGUCAUCUGUUCACUACAAGGCGCCAGCUCAGAGGAACUAGCACGGCCUGGGUACACGCACACUCGGACACAGAGAGCACCACUGCAUCCGAACAACAGGCUGUGAAGUUUUACAUUAUACAUAUUUAAUUUUGGACAAGAGUGAACUUCAAGGGCAGCAUCUUGAGGUUUACUCUGAAACUGACACAUACCCCUCUGCGUAUAAUGCGAAGACAACGGGAAGACACAGAAGCGAAGUCUGUAGCUCCCGGGGCGUUCAAAGAAAAUACAGUACGACCGAGAAAGAGGAAGGCAGAUGUUGCCAUUUAUUUACAAGAUCCUGAUGAGGAGGUAGCAGAGAUGACGAAGAAGAAGCAGCGUGAAUGUGAGCCGGGCUGGAGUCCUGAUGCUGGUUACACAAGUCCACAGAGGUGCAUCCCCACACCUGAUCAGGAAGAGGACCCGCCCGUUGCCCUGAUUAACGCAGGUUUCCCCCACUACAACUUCCACAACGUCUAUGUAACGCCUGUACGGUGCGCGCCGCUUCCUGCCCUGUGCUGGGCCUGUAAGGAUGUCGUGUGGAACAACAUGUUGGAGAAGGACAAGACGUACGCCAAGGAUGUCCAUGUGAUGGAGAAACAUCCUCACCUACAGCCCAAGAUGAGAGCCGUUCUCCUGGACUGGCUCAUGGAGGUGAGUGAGGUGUACAAACUGCACAGGGAGUCUUACCACCUCGCCCAGGACUACUUUGAUCGCUUCAUGGCCACCCAGAGAAACGUCUUCAAAACCACGCUGCAGCUCAUAGGCAUCACCUGUCUCUUCAUAGCUGCUAAAGUAGAGGAGAUGUAUCCUCCCAAGGUCCACCAAUUUGCCUAUGUUACAGACGAAGCCUGCACCGAAGAUGAGAUUCUCAGAAUGGAAAUCAUUAUUAUGAAGGUAAAAACACACACACACACUUAGCUCACUGACAUCAGUAGGAUCUGCUCUGUAUUUGUCCAAAUAUCAUAUAGCCAAACUAACCAACUGAUGAUAUUUUGGUUUAUCUCGCGAACAUA